GAUAUAUAUACAAAGACAAGCCUCUCGUCUUGAAUCCGUAUCUAUCUUGUCGUCUGCUAUCUCCUUGCUGAAAUAAUACAUGUUCUCUGAUUGGUCAGUCUUAUUCUGUUACGUCAUCAAUGACCAAUCCCACUGAGACUCCUUUCGUUUCGUUACAAGUCGACGUGAACUGUUUGCUGAAGAGUUUACGCGCCACCAGCAGCUGCCGAGACUCCAAAAAUUAGUCUGAAACGAGACUCGAAGAUCGACGGAACGCUGGACACCGCGGGAGCUUUACCACCAACGACUUGCUGACCUGUCUCCAACUCCAGGUUCUGCACGAUACUGGAGAAAAGAAUCGGUUUAAUGUUUAUGUCGAGGAAAUAAGCGGAUAUAUCAAUCACCAUGUACGGCGAGAAAGACAAUGACCAACCAAAAUACCGAUGCAUCGACCACGCGAUGACAUCGGCGUUCUACAAGCUCGGCAAGCUCGUUUCCCGACAUCGUAUCUUCUUCCUCCUGAUGCCACUGGCGGUCGCCAUCGUGUGCAUUCACGGUUUAACUCUCCUGGUUAUCCAAGACGACGUCGUCUACCUCUUCACGCCGACUGGGAGCCCUGGUAAAGCAGAUGGUGAAGUCUUUAAGACCUACUUCCAAUCUGGGGAUAAUGAGACGGAGUUUUUGCCAAAUAGAGAGCUGAUCGAUCGCCAGACUCGUGGUAGCAUCAUCAUCAGGGAGAAGAAGGAUGGCAACGUCCUCUCGACAGCGGCCUUCCGGGAGAUCGCCCACCUGGACGAACUCAUCAGAACCUUCACAUUCACCAACAACCUCACAGAUUACAGCUAUGACCACCUCUGCCAAACAUGGCUGCACGUUUGCCAUGACAACCUGCUCAUGUCAUUGUUACGUGAUCACGUGGAGACGAUGGACUAUAUGAAUUUGACCUUCCCUUUCGUCCCGCUGCCCCCGCCCCACGAGGGCCGGGUCUUCGUGGGGAAUCAGCUGGGAGGGGUGGAUCUGUACCCCGGCACCGAUGUCAUCAAAAUAGCUAGGGCGAUGCUGCUCAUUUAUACCAUCACUCGAGAAACACAUGAAGCGGAAGAGCUGGCGUAUGAGUGGGAGGAACACUUCAUCCAAGAGGUGGACAAAUUCGCCGAAUCCGCCGAGCACAUCGUCAUCUCUUACGAGACCAGCUUCGGACUGGCGGACGAGGUCGGCGAAGCGAGCAAGCGUGUCAUACCUCUCUUCAUCGCCACGUUCUGCAUGCUCGUCCUGUUCGCUGUCGGUUCGUGUAUCAUGAGAGACUGGGUGCAGUCGAAACCAUGGUUGGGGUUGAUCGGGGUCAUCUCGGCGUCGCUGGCCAUCGUCUCCUCCAUCGGGUUCCUGAGCUAUUGCAGGAUCGAGUUCAAUGAAAUUGUAUCGCUGAUGCCCUUCCUCAUCAUCGGUGUCGGCGUUGACAACAUGUUUAUCAUGAUCGCGGGUUGGCGCCAGAUGAGCAUCUACCUUCCGGUACACGAGCGGAUGGGCAAGACCUACUCCGAAGCAGCCGUCUCCAUCACCAUCACCAACCUCACAACAAUCCUUGCCUUCAUCAUCGGCGCUUCCAUCUCCUUGCCGGCCAUCCGAGCAUUCUGCAUCUACGCCGGGGUGGCCAUGUUCUUCGCCUACUUCUACCAGAUAACCUUCUUCGGCUCCUGCAUGGCGUUUACCGGCGAGCGGGAGGCAAAGAAUCUUCACUGCUACACCUGCAAGAAGGUUCUCUCGAAGGAAGAGUCGCCCAACAAGCUGUAUAUGAUCUUCUGCGCUGGUGGUGUGCCGCAGCCGGACUCCAAGUGCAGGAAGCCCGAAGGCCACAUCAUCCACCCGAUCAUGGUUCUAUUCAGAGACUACUACGCUCCGUUCCUGAUGAGGAGAUGGAUGAAGGUAAUUGCGAUGGGGAUAUUCAUUGCUUACAUUUGCGGAGCUAUCUAUGGCUGCAUGAACAUUACUCAAGGAUUGAAGCUUCGGAACUUGGCCAGAGAUGGCUCACCUACGUGGAGAUUCUACAAGGAAUUUGAAGACUACUUCAGCGAGUAUGGCCCUGUCGUGAGCGUAGCGGUCACAGAACAGGUGGAUUACUGGAAUAAGUCCGCGCAGGACUCGCUAAACGAAACGCUCGCUGAGAUUGAAGCGACGGAUCUUUUUCACGGUAGCGAGAUAACUGUUUCCUGGUUGCGCGUUUAUGCACAGUACCUUCAAGCUAUCUUCCAAACCAGCGAACUUGAUAAGGAAACAUUCCUCACAAUACUCCAACACAAAUUCUUGAAGGAUUAUCGCUUCAAGGAAUUCGAACUCGACAUCGCGUUCGAGUACGCUGCGGACAACAUUACCGCGGUCGACAUCAAAGCUUCCCGUUUCUUGGUAACAUCUCGCAACAUGAACAGCGCAAUGCAAAAGCGUGACAUGAUGUUGGAGGUCCGGGACAUCGCCACUGAAUCUCCCUUUGACAUCGUCACGUUCCAUCCAAUGUUCGUGGUCUAUGACCAGUACGUCGGGACGAUGCCAAACUUGUUCCAGACGUUGGGUAUCGCGAUGGCGUGCAUGAUGAUUGUGUCUUUAAUCAUGAUCCCGCACCCGAUCUGUGCCAUCUUCGUCACCCUUUGCGCCAUCAGCAUCGACGCUGCCGUCAUUGGGUACAUGUCGCUCUGGGGCGUCAACCUCGACACCGUCUCCGUCAUCAACAUCAUCCUCUGCAUCGGGUUCAGUGUCGACUUCUCUGCUCACAUCACGUAUUCAUUCGUGUCCGCUCCAGAUGAGGAUCCCAACAAACGCGCCAUCGCCGCUCUCUUCGCUGUCGGCAUGCCCAUCGCCCAAGGAGCCUUAUCGUCGAUGAUCGCUCUGAGUCCCUUGGCAACAGCUCCAACAUACCUCUUCAGGACAUUCUUUAAAACUCUUUUCCUAGCCAUGUCAUUCGGGGCUCUCCACGGCCUCGUCUUCUUACCAGUAAUCCUAUCAUUCCUCGGGAACUUCAUCCCGCGGAAUCACUUAAGAGAAACAGAACGAGAGGUAGAGGUCGAAAAGAAAGACAUUGACCAAUGCAAUAUUUACGUGAACUAUAUGUUAGAACCCCCCGUUAUAGCGGCGGCCCCUGACAACGAGUUUGUCGUCGUCGAAACCAAAGUCAGCACCGUAUGACGAAAGCACCACUUCCAUCGGACACACACCUGUGAGAAGUGGUAUAUUCGAAUCUAACUCCCAAGUGCCUCUAUAUUUUGUUUCCAUUAUAAUAUAUCAGAUAACAUGGCGAUAUGGUUGUUAGAUUUUUAUGUAAUUGUUUACGAUGCAAUAACUACGAAUAUACUCGAUGUGCUACUAUGCUGAUCAGAGAUGAUUUUCUGAUCCAAGUUGUAGUAGAAAUCAUCAUAACCAUUGAAGGGAUUGCUUCUCGUUAUGGCGGAGCAAUUAUUCAAUGGUCAUCAGCGCCGUAUCGGCUGCUGUUUUUUUUUCCAAGGUAAGGUAGAAUAUUGAACCUUCCACACAAAAAAUACCUCACAAUCCAACAUCGAAAGUGAAUUCUGGAUUGUUUAACGAAAGAGCGAUUCCAUUGGUAUUGUUACCAAUGACCAUAGUCAUUUUAUGAUGCAGGUGAGCCUAAUGGUUUAGGACUUGUAUUAUAACGGCUACACAAUGCAAUAUUCUUCUGCGAUUCGUUGAAGAUAUCAUACUUUGAUAACGACUUUCAUAACGUACAAGGUAUUCGAAAUUGAAAUGGAAAAGCGAUUCGCUGCAUCUUUUAUAAAGAUAAAUCCUGUAUGCGUGAAUGGGUCGCAUGAGGGUUUUCAAAUGAAUGGGUAGAAUUAUCAACCUUUACAACCUGUGUGCAUUGGACUUAAAACUGAAAAGGGGGGCUAAUUCUGGUACCAGGGUCUCUACCUAGUGCUCCUAUCAGAUGUUGCCUAAGUCGCGAACUCGCAGUCCGUCACACCAGCAGAAGGGACUCCGAAUCGACCAAUGGUAUGUAAUUUGAAAUAACGCAAUAGUUUUGAUCGGAAUGGAGUCGCUUUUGCCAGUGUGACACCACCAUGAUCAUGGUGCAACAAUUCAUGAAAAGAUGUACAGCAAGUGUUUCGGAAAAGAAUUAUUUGAAGGACUGUGUAUAAUAUGUCGAAGCUGCAUAAAUUAUGCCAAAUGCUGCGUUUCAUAAGUCAUUUGGAUCAUUUUAAAGUCUUGCUUUCAUAAAAGGCCACAUUCAUGCGUUUCGAAAUUGAAAGUCUGACACACGUCUUUCGCUGAGACUUUUAUUCGACACUCCCGGCAUGUGUUCGGAAGACUGGUUGGCAUAUUCCUCACAAUUGUAUUAAAUAUACAUUUUUCUCCAUUCGUGUCAUUUCACAAUGACAGAUAUAUAUGGAUUGAAUACCAUUCUGUCAAAAGUAUCACAAACUCGAAUUUUGUCUCUGCGCUUUACUUCGGCCAGAUCAUUUCAAAGCCAAAGCAAAUAGUCCCGAAAGACUUCAAAAAAAGUCGGAGCGGGGCAUAAGUCUAUCAAAACAAGUGUUCACAGUCAUUUUCGUCAUUCAAAAUGAUGGAGCGACCACCUUAGAUUUUAAAAUGCGUAACGUCUUUUAAUUCUUAAGCAAGGUUAUGGGAAAAAACAGACAAAGUUGUCCAGACUUUUAACUUUCCAGGCUACCUUAUUUUGCAUACCAUUGAUGUGGUAUCUCCGCUUAAAGCAGGGUUAUAGGUUGAUAAGGGUUUCAUGUUGUCAUGUUUUUCAUCAUGAAAAUUAGUCCAUUAGACGUUGUUUCAUUCAUGGAAAAUGGUUCGUUUCAUCUUUAUUGUUGCAUUGAAAUUAAGUAUGGAUCUCCUGUACAAUUGGUAAGUCAGAUGGAAUAUUUGCCAUAUUGGAUCUCAAGCUAUUAUCUACUUACUUUCAGAAGAGGACCCCUCUCCCGCAACUACACCCCCCCCCCCCCCCCGUGAAAGGCAAAUCCUCAGAUUCUAAAAGAAAAUUAAUGUUGGCAAUGUAAUUCUCCAUUAGUUUUGCUGAGUUUCAAAUUUCCGACUUAAGUUUUCGACUUCAAAGAACAAUGGGAAUUAAAUCGUGUUGCAAUUCCGAACGAAAAGUGCAUUCACCCGGCGUCUCCGUGUCAUUGUGAUAAUACUCUAAAUCGUAAGAUCGUUGCCAUGUUAGUUUAUCCAUUUACAUGUUUACUGAAUUGCCGUGAAUCGAGUUCCCCAAUAGGAGUUUCCCUUUGCAGUAUAUAUAUAUUGUCGACGAUUUUGCAUCAUCAUCUGACAUCCACGUGUUUAUUUUUCGGAUUUAACCAGAAAUGAGACGAGUUGAGACAAUAUACAAAGGAAUAUCUUAUCAAGUUUCUGUCAGUGUUUAAAUGGACUUUACACGGAUUAAGAUACACAAGGAGAGGUUGACAGAUAAGGUUGAUGUCAGAUCGGUUAGGUUAGGUUUAAGAUAAACCCAGAAGGUUUUUGGCGUCGGGCGAAUAGUCUGCAGGCACAGACUCUGAUUGAAACUUUGAUCAACAAGUGUGUCUCCACGCAAAGACUAGCUCAUACAAAACUUGCUGUAGGCAUGAGUAGGCUGCCAUUCAGACCCUUAACUCGAGUGAAGGGUUUGCACAGCAGACUAUUAGGCGAAAGGGAGAAUUUUCGGGGGGUCGGAAGUAGAAUAAAACUCCAGUAUCGCUUAAACGGCAUUGAACGUUAUGCUAUCAGUGUAUGGUAAUACUGCUAGGACUUUCAAAAGCCAUUGUCGGUACAGGUUAAACCGUUUAUGCGUUUAUUGCUUUAUUAU